CAGGCCCUCGGAACAGACGAGGGGGAGGAAUGUGAAGCAGGAGGGGCAUCAGUGUUCCCCUUUCAGACGGUCAAACGCACCAACAGGAUGGCCCAGAUGGGUAAGUCUCUCCAAACCUUAUCUAUAAUGUUGACAACAUAGUUGAGUCACUGCUCUAACCAGAUUCACAUGUCCUCAAAGAUGGAAGCCAGGUGAGAUCAGGUGGGACCAUUCUAGCCAAUGAGAUCAGGUGUGACCAUUCUAGCCAAUGAGAUCAGGUGGGACCAUUCUAGCCAAUGAGGUCAGGUGGUCCAAUUCUAGCCAAUGAGGUCAGGUGUGACCAACCUACCCGUUACCAAACCCCGGUACCAACCUACCCGUUACCAAACCCCGGUACCAACCUACCCGUUACCAAACCCCGGUACCAACCUACCCGUUACCAAACCCCGGUACCAACCUACCCGUUACCAAACCCCGGUACCAACCUACCCGUUACCAAACCCCGGUACCAACCUACCCGUUACCAAACCCCGGUACCAACCUACCCGUUACCAAACCCCUGUACCAACCUACCCGUUACCAAACCCCGGUACCAACCUACCCGUUACCAAACCCUGGUACCAACCUACCCGUUACCAAACCCUGGUACCAACCUACCCGUUACCAAACCCUGGUACCAACCUACCCGUUACCAAACCCUGGUACCAACCUACCCGUUACCAAACCCCUGUACCAACCUACCCGUUACCAAACCCUGGUACCAACCUACCCGUUACCAAACCCUGGUACCAACCUACCCAUUACCAAACCCUGGUACCAACCUACCCAUUACCAAACCCCGGUACCAACCUACCCAUUACCAAACCCUGGUACCAACCUACCCAUUACCAAACCCUGGUACCAAACCCUGGUACCAACCUACCCAUUACCAAACCCUGGUACCAAACCCUGGUACCAACCUACCCAUUACCAAACCCUGGUACCAAACCCUGGUACCAACCUACCCAUUACCAAACCCUGGUACCAACCUGCCCAUUACCAAACCCUGGUACCAACCUACCCAUUACCAAACCCCGGUACCAACCUACCCGGUACCAACCUACCCGUUACCAAACCCUGGUACCAACCUACCCGUUACCAAACCCCGGUACCAACCUACCCGUUACCAAACCCCGGUACCAACCUACCUGGUACCAACCUACCCGUUACCAAACCCCGGUACCAACCUACCCGGUACCAACCUACCCGUUACCAAACCCUGGUACCAACCUACCCGUUACCAAACCCCGGUACCAACCUACCCGUUACCAAACCCCGGUACCAACCUACCCGUUACAAAACCCUGGUACCAACCUACCCGUUACCAAACCCUGGUACCAACCUACCCGUUACCAAACCCUGGUACCAACCUACCCGUUACCAAACCCUGGUACCAACCGACCCAUUACCAAACCCUGGUACCAACCUACCCGUUACCAAACCCUGGUACCAACCUACCCGUUACCAAACCCUGGUACCAACCUACCCGUUACCAAACCCUGGUACCAACCUACCUGGUACCAACCUACCCGUUACCAAACCCUGGUACCAACCUACCUGGUACCAACCUACCCGUUACCAAACCCUGGUACCAACCUACCCGUUACCAAACCCUGGUACCAACCUACCCGUUACCAAACCCCGGUACCAACCUACCCGUUACCAAACCCCGGUACCAACCUACCUGGUACCAACCUACCCGUUACCAAACCCCGGUACCAACCUACCCGGUACAAACCUACCCGUUACCAAACCCUGGUACCAACCUACCCGUUACCAAACCCUGGUACCAACCUACCCGUUACCAAACCCUGGUACCAACCGACCCGUUACCAAACCCUGGUACCAACCUACCCGUUACCAAACCCUGGUACCAACCUACCCAUUACCAAACCCUGGUACCAACCUACCCGUUACCAAACCCUGGUACCAACCUACCCGUUACCAAACCCUGGUACCAACCUACCCGUUACCAAACCCUGGUACCAACCUACCCGUUACCAAACCCUGGUACCAACCUACCCGUUACCAAACCCUGGGACCAACCUACCCGUUACCAAACCCUGGUACCAACCUACCCGUUACCAAACCCUGGUACCAACCUACCCGUUACCAAACCCUGGUACCAACCUACCCGUUACCAAACCCCUGUACCAACCUACCCGUUACCAAACCCUGGUACCAACCUACCCGUUACCAAACCCUGGUACCAACCUACCCGUUACCAAACCCUGGUACCAACCUACCCAUUACCAAACCCCGGUACCAACCUACCCAUUACCAAACCCUGGUACCAACCUACCCAUUACCAAACCCUGGUACCAAACCCUGGUACCAACCUACCCAUUACCAAACCCUGGUACCAAACCCUGGUACCAACCUACCCAUUACCAAACCCUGGUACCAAACCCUGGUACCAACCUACCCAUUACCAAACCCUGGUACCAAACCCUGGUACCAACCUACCCAUUACCAAACCCUGGUACCAACCUGCCCAUUACCAAACCCUGGUACCAACCUACCCAUUACCAAACCCCGGUACCAACCUACCCGGUACCAACCUACCCGUUACCAAACCCUGGUACCAACCUACCCGUUACCAAACCCCGGUACCAACCUACCCGUUACCAAACCCCGGUACCAACCUACCUGGUACCAACCUACCCGUUACCAAACCCCGGUACCAACCUACCCGGUACCAACCUACCCGUUACCAAACCCUGGUACCAACCUACCCGUUACCAAACCCCGGUACCAACCUACCCGUUACCAAACCCCGGUACCAACCUACCCGUUACAAAACCCUGGUACCAACCUACCCGUUACCAAACCCUGGUACCAACCUACCCGUUACCAAACCCUGGUACCAACCUACCCGUUACCAAACCCUGGUACCAACCUACCCGUUACCAAACCCCGGUACCAACCUACCCGUUACCAAACCCCGGUACCAACCUACCCGUUACAAAACCCUGGUACCAACCUACCCGUUACCAAACCCUGGUACCAACCUACCCGUUACCAAACCCUGGUACCAACCUACCCGUUACCAAACCCUGGUACCAACCUACCCGUUACCAAACCCUGGUACCAACCUACCCGUUACCAAACCCCGGGACCAACCUACCCGUUACCAAACCCCGGUACCAACCUACCCGUUACCAACCUACCUGGUACCAACCUACCUGGUACCAACCUACCCGUUACCAAACCCCGGUACCAACCUACCCGGUACAAACCUACCCGUUACCAAACCCUGGUACCAACCUACCCGUUACCAAACCCUGGUACCAACCUACCCGUUACCAAACCCUGGUACCAACCGACCCAUUACCAAACCCUGGUACCAACCUACCCGUUACCAAACCCUGGUACCAACCUACCCAUUACCAAACCCUGGUACCAACCUACCCGUUACCAAACCCUGGUACCAACCUACCCGUUACCAAACCCUGGUACCAACCUACCCGUUACCAAACCCUGGUACCAACCUACCCGUUACCAAACCCUGGUACCAACCUACCCGUUACCAAACCCUGGGACCAACCUACCCGUUACCAAACCCUGGUACCAACCUACCCGUUACCAAACCCUGGGACCAACCUACCCGUUACCAAACCCUGGGACCAACCUACCCGUUACCAAACCCUGGGACCAACCUACCCGUUACCAAACCCUGGUACCAACCUACCCGUUACCAACCUACCCAUUACCAAACCCUGGUACCAACCUACCCGUUACCAAACCCUGGUACCAACCUACCCGUUACCAAACCCUGGUACCAACCUACCCGUUACCAAACCCUGGUACCAACCUACCCGUUACCAAACCCUGGUACCAACCUACCUGGUACCAACCUACCCGUUACCAAACCCCGGUACCAACCUACCUGGUACCAACCUACCCGUUACCAAACCCUGGUACCAACCUACCCGUUACCAAACCCUGGUACCAACCUACCCGUUACCAAACCCCGGUACCAACCGACCCGUUACCAAACCCCGGUACCAACCGACCCGUUACCAAACCCCGGUACCAACCGACCCGUUACCAAACCCUGGUACCAACCUACCCGUUACCAAACCCCGGUACAAACCUACCCGUUACCAAACCCCGUGACAAACCUACCCGUUACCAAACCCUGGUACCAACCUACCCAUUACCAAACCCCGGUACCAACCUACCCAUUACCAAACCCUGGUACCAACC